AGCACAGCAUGUGUUCUCAACAGUUGGAACUGUUGCCAUGGCCUUAACGUCACCUGUAGGCCGUCGUGAAUUUCAAGAAUAAAAUCCAGGUUCAAGGAUUUUAUCGCCUUGCAAUGGAUUGGAAAUUCGUGAUUAGUUUGGUUCUUUGCUUUUCAUGCUUGUGUGCAGCAACCGAAUCUACUACUGAACUUUCCAAAGAUGAAAAUCAAAAUAUUACUGAACAGUUAACUACCAGUAUUUAUGAAGACGAUGGGUCGCCGACAGUACCUGAUUUAGGCAUUUCUUCAACGGAAACUGUAAUCGAACCCAUUCUAAAUGCAACUGUUCCAGAAGAUCAAGAUGGAGAUAAUGAUACCGAGAGCAAAAUUCGACCGAAGCGCUUCGAAUUUGCACCACUCGCACCUUAUGAUGUGCCACCUAUCAUUCCUCCACCAGUGGCACCAGAUUACAUUGCACCACCAACUGAUUACGCUGCACCAGUGUAUGGAUAUCCCCCUGCACCGUUUAGUUCGCCACCUUUGGUUAAGUAUGGCACGGCGGCGUCACCAGAUGUCUGUCCCCCACCUGCUGCUACCUGUCCUGUUUGUCUGCAGUCUUUAGCCCAAGUUCUGCCUUAUGGCGCUCCGUUAUGCGAACUUGCAAUACUUCAAUCAACUGUGUUGGCCCCACCUGUGCAACAUGAUGCAUACGGUAAAAUCUGCGUGAAGUUAGGAAUUUCGAAAAUUAUCGGACCAGUGGAACCAAAUUUAUUUCGAAGGCUUCUGAAAACUACCAUCAAACUUGAGUGUGCCUGUCCUUUUCUCUUUAAAACUUCGACCCAAUUCAUUCUUAUCGCAUCACCAACAGCUUUUCUGAAGGAUGGCAAACUGAUAAGCAAAAUCUCUUUAAGUGACAGUGUCUUCCUUGUUCCAAAAGACAUUCUUACUCAAACCGAGUUAGAUCAGGCUCUUCAAGGAUGUUCUCCACCAACAUAUCUAAAUCCCCCUCCUCUUCCUGCACAACCAGUAAAAUCACGGUCACUAUACAUGCCAGCACCUCCCCCUCCUGCUUAUGCUCCACCUCCUCCUGCUGUCUAUGUGCCUCCACCACCACCACCACCGCCACCAGUAUAUGCUCCUCUUCCACCACCAGUAUACGCUCCUCCCCCUCCACCUCCUGUAUACAAACCUCCCCCACCUCCGCCACCUGUGUACAAACCUCCACCUCCUCCUCCUCCGGUGUAUGCUCCUCCUCCUCCGCCUCCACCACCAGUAUAUGCUCCUCCUCCUCCACCCCCUGUUUACAAACCUCCUCCUCCUCCACCUCCUAUGUAUAAGCCUCCACCUCCAGUUUAUAAACCUCCACCACCUCCUCCGCCCCCAGUGUAUGCACCCCCUCCUCCUCCUCCUCCCGUUUAUAAACCUCCACCACCACCACCUCCGCCCCCAGUGUAUGCACCCCCUCCUCCUCCUCCUCCCGUUUACAAACCUCCACCACCACCACCUCCGCCCCCAGUGUAUGCUCCCCCUCCUCCUCCUCCUCCCGUUUAUAAACCUCCACCACCACCACCACCACCACCUCCUCCUGUUUAUAAACCUCCACCUCCACCACCAGUAUAUGCACCACCACCUCCUCCUGUUUAUAAACCUCCCCCUCCACCACCUCCUGUUUAUAAACCUCCGCCUCCACCUCCAGUAUAUGCACCACCACCUCCUCCCCCUCCUGUUUAUAAACCUCCACCUCCACCUCCUAUUUAUAAACCACCGCCACCUCCACCCCCAGUAUAUGCCCCUCCUCCACCACCACCAGUUUAUAAACCUCCACCACCACCACCUCCAGUUUAUAAACCUCCUCCUCCACCACCUCCAGUUUAUAAACCUCCUCCUCCACCACCACCAGUUUAUGCACCUCCUCCCCCACCAGUAUAUACACCACCUCCCCCUCCUCCUGUCUAUAAGCCUCCUCCCCCUCCUCCUGUCUACAAGCCUCCUCCCCCACCACCUGUCUACAAACCUCCUCCACCCCCACCAGUGUAUCUACCGCCACCUCCACCGCCACCGCCACCCCCACCCCCACCAGUCUACGGCCCUCCUCCCCCACCCCCUGUAUCUUACGCCCCUCCUGCUCUGUUGCCACUUGCCUUACCGCCUCCUCCACCGCCUCCAAUACUUCCUCCUGCACCUGUGGUGAAGCCGGAAACAGCAGCUUGCCCACUUCCUCAGACGUGCCCAACUUGCGCAGUUUUCCCAAAACUGGAUUUAGCUCAAGCAUUCUGUGCUGCUGAUUUUGCUUUACUUGCUGCUGUAACGAUUCCAGAUUUAGCUCUUCUAAAACCAGCACCAGGAUCUUACGGUGGAUCUUGCUUAAAACUACCCGCAGACAUCCUCUACGAUGUUACGAAAGGCACAGAUCCUAAGAAAUUGCUUCUAUCACUGUCCGUGCUGUUGCCAACUAGCUGUGUGUGCAUUCCACCUGGCCUGAAGGGCCCUGCUUUGGUGAUGGUGUUGGGGUACUACGCCCCUCUGCCUGCUCCACCCGCAGCACAGCUGACAAAGGACUUCAAAUUGAUUCUGCUACCAGCUCCAGUUGAACUCACCCUUCCGUCUUGUCUUGCAAAACCACCACCAGUUUUGCCUCCGAAGAUUAUUGCACCCCCUCCACCAACCGGCACUUGUCCUGCGGGCGUGGUAAAUUCAUGUCCAAAGUGUGCCUUAGCUUUAGACCCUAAUCUACUACAAGCCUUCUGCUCUGCAAAGUUUGCUGCUGUUGUUGAUUUGCUUAGCGUUGGUCCCUAUUUGUCGAAAGACUUCCCGGUGAUAAGUAUUAAAAAAUCAAAAUAUGAUUAUGAUGUGCAAGUGGUUAUUUCUAUUGGAGCGCCUAAACCAGUUGAUUGUCUCCAAGGUGCCCUCAAACUGGUUCAGCCAAUCGUACCCAAAGUGCUACCUUAUGGACCACCACCGAUACUACCGUUUGUAGUACUUAAGAAGUGCCCAUGCGCGCUGUUAGCAGCUGCUGCUGGAAGACUAUUAGCUUUAAGUCUGGCACCAAUUCCUCUUCCACUAAACGGAGCCGUUCAACUGACGGAAGGAUUUUUUCUGCUCCCGCUUCCUCCAGGACCUUUACCUUCUUGUGCUCCAUACGCUCCUCCACCACCUCCUCCUCCAUAUGCACUACCACCUCCUCCUGCACCAUAUGCACUUCCGCCACCACCACCGCCUCCUCCUGCACCAUAUGCACCUCCGCCACCACCACCUCCUCCUCCACCAUAUGCACCUCCGCCACCACCACCUCCUCCUGCACCAUAUGCACCUCCGCCACCACCACCACCUCCUCCACCAUAUGCACCUCCGCCACCACCACCACCUCCUCCACCAUAUGCACCUCCGCCACCACCACCUCCUCCACUAUAUGCACCUCCGCCACCACCUCCUCCUCCUCCACCACCGGCUCCAUAUGCAGCACCUCCACCACCACCUCCUCCACCAGUUUACAAACCCCCACCACCGCCUCCACCAGCUUAUAAACCACCACCACCUCCUCCUCCACCGGCUUAUAAACCCCCACCACCUCCUCCACCUGCUUAUAAACCACCUCCUCCUCCUCCACCUGCUUAUAAACCACCCCCACCUCCACCUCCACCCGCUUACAAACCACCCCCUCCUCCUCCUCCACCCGCUUAUAAACCACCGCCUCCUCCCCCGCCGGCACCAUAUGCACCACCCCCACCUCCUCCGCCACCGCCUCCUCCACCGCCAGCAGCAUACGUGAACUAUGCUCCAGGACCGUCUUCUUACGAUGCCUGUCUCGAAGAUGAUUAUUCUUGUCCACAGUGCUUGACAGAAGUACCUCAUAAUUUCCGCAAUCUGUUCUGCGAAUCUCAGUUCGCUGUCUUGGCAGCAAUAGGCCUUACUCACCCAGAGGAUGGCACAAGAAAUUUGAGAUUUGGCACAACAAAAUACGCUCCACCUGUUGCUGAUGUCAUACAAACCGCAGGAGGUUACAGAAUAGAGGUGGUUCCAGCUAAAUCUUUCACCGCAAGGAAUUCAAUCCCAUCGAAUGCUUGCUUAAGAGAACAACUUUCGAUUUUAUUCGAUGUUUCCAAAACAUCCUCUCCAGUAGAGAAAUUUUGGAAAAUAGAUGCCUACGUGCCAACCACCUGCAGGUGUCCGGUGCUGAAUAUGGGUCCUGCAUACAGCAUUAUCUUGUCCCGUGUUGGACCCGACUGGAGCAAGGGACCCACUCAUCUGCAACUCAGCCAAGGAUUCUACGUCUUCCCUCUUCCCGUGGACAAUGAACUGAUAAUGCUGCCCGAUUGCAAUCUUCCACCCCCCAUCUCUCUUCCUCCAGCGCAAGAUUCGGACCUGGUAGCAUCCUACAACUAUAUGGUGCCAGCAAGCGAAUCGUUAGUUGUCAAAGAAGCCUGCCCGAACCCAAUGAACUGCCCGUUCUGUUUGUCACCACAGAACUUUGACCUCACAAAAUUGUGCAGCUAUAACUUUGCUAUUUUGGCUCAACUCCUGCCAUUGUCUGAGGAUGCUCCAGUCAUUUCGAAUUUAAAUGUUGGAGUGUAUAAUGUCGAUUCGUAUAAGCAAGCUGUGGUACUCAAAACAGCUCAAGCAUCUACAUAUUCCUCUGCGUACGAGCCUCAAAACUCCUAUGGAGCAUGCAGUGCGAUAAGAUACAAGGUCAAGAAAGCGUUUAAACCGUUCGAACCUACAGAUGCCAAAUUGGUACUUCCUGAUUCCUGUCCAUGCACAUGUACUCAAACCAACGGAUUUGCUUUGAUAGCAGCCGAAGCAAGCCCUGAACACAUGAAAGAGGGCUGCGUCAUAAAAGGAAAUAUUUACAUCGUCUGCUUGCCUCCUGGAGUCAACCUCAACGUCCCAGCUUGUCCUCCUGAACAGACUGUUCCGUUAACUCCACCUGUAACAGCUGUACCUGCACCUGAACAUCCAGUGGUUCCUCCAGGCGCUAGUCUACCACUGCCUCCUAGUCCUCCACCAGCAAGAGACUGCUUUGAUCCCACAGAUUUCACUUGUCCUAUGUGUUCAAUGGAACCAAUUAAGCCAGCAACUUAUUGCAAUGCUACCACUUUCAUGGUAAAAUUUGAAGGGGACAUUAAAAAUGAUCAUUCUUCAUCCUGCAGAUCUGGCAGCAUGGUUUCCUUGUAUGAUGUGACGAAAUUAAAGCAAGCCAGCAAAGCUCUUAUCAACGUACUAUACACUGUUCCGAAACACUGUUCUUCUUGUUCGUUCUUAAAUGAUCGUGGGUUUGGUUUACUGGCUUUCCCUCCACUAACACCUAUGGUAAACCCGCUCGAACUGCAAUUGAACAGUCUGAUUCACGUGCACGCCUUACCAUCUGGCAAAACGGAGCUGCCCUUCUGCGGCAUGCCUGCUAGCUUCCCCAGAUCCCGGUUUAACGAAUUGCCCGAUGAGAUCAUCUUGGAUCCCGUUGACAACGAAUUGUCUACGUUGAGAAUCCGCGACUUGGGAUUGUACGAAUGUCCCACCAAAGCACAGAGUUGUCCUCAAUGUGAAGAAUUGGACGAUGAAGAACUGAAUCGAUUGAUCUGCUCCUCGGAUCGCGCCUUACUUAUUUCUCCGAAUGUUAAAGAAAGUGAUGGUCAAACUGGAAAUUAUACAAGGCAAACAGUACAAGUUUCACAAAACAUUUUAAGAAACAACUCGGUGGAAAUCAUUGUGAAGCCCUAUGAAGAAGAGGACAUUUGUGCGCUACCUGUAAAAAUAGGAAAGUGCAACGCAAAUGUUUUACGAUACUACUACGAGACGGAGAGUCAAACAUGCCAUGAUUUCAACUACACUGGAUGUAAUGGAAAUCCCAACAACUUUGCGUCACUAGAAGAGUGUGAAACAGCCUGCUUAAAGCCGAAGUUCUGCUACGCAUUCAACUUUGAGAUCAAGAAAAAUAUCACUGGAGGAUUGGGAAAGAGGCCUAUGGAUAGCGAAAUAAUUUACGCACUACCUGAAAGUUGUGACUGCCAGUACCUUAAGAAAAAGAGUGGUUUCGCUUACCUCAUUUACAAUACUACUGCAAACGAAAAAGCACAACAAUUAACAGAUGAUUAUUACAUCAUCCCACUGUCUCAAGAACAAGAUAAACAAUUCACAUGCGCAAGUGACGUUGAGGUAGUCACUGAAGAAAAUAAAAUUGAGUCAACAGAGAAAAUAAAGACAGCAGAAAAAAUUGACAAAGAGGUAACAGAAGAAACUGUGUCGUCCACUCUAUCAGAGAGAGAUGAACUAUUUUCAAAUACAAAUGUUACAGCUAUCCCUGUAGAACAGGAAAUUACUAAAAAUAAUAAUGAACUUGAUGGUUUAGAAGCCUCAACUGUCCCUGUUGUUUCAACAGAACGAAAUGAUGAUGAUGAUACUGACAAUCAAAUAGAUUCUGGUGAAGAAAAAAAAGGGGCAUUUAGUUUCUUUGGUUAAAACUUGUGUAAAAUUAUGUUAAAUUAUUUAAAAUUUUGUAUACGUAUAACUUUGUGUAAAGUUAAAUUGAUAAACAUACAUUUACUGA